AUGGCAGCCUUUGCUGUGGAACCCCAGGUGCCCACGCUGGGAUCUGAACCAAUGAUGCUGGGUUCACCCACAUAGCCAAAACCAGGAGUUAAUGCCCAGUUCUUACCUGGAUUUUUAAUGGGGGAUUUGCCAGCUCCAGUGACUCCACAACCUCAAUCAAUUAGUGGCCCUUCAGUAGGAGUAAUGGAAAUGAGAUCACCUUUACUCGCAGGUGGGUCACCACCACAACCAGUUGUACCAGCUCAUAAAGAUAAAAGUGGAGCUCCACCAGUUAGAAGUAUAUACGAUGACAUUUCCAGCCCAGGACUUGGGUCAACACCUUUAACUUCAAGAAGACAGCCAAACAUUGCAGUAAUGCAGAGUCCUCUUGUUGGGGUUACAACUACUACUCCUGGGACAGGGCAAAGUAUGUUUAGUCCAGCAAAUAUUGGUCAACCACGAAAGACGACAUUAUCUCCUGCCCAGUUGGAUCCUUUUUAUACUCAAGGAGAUUCUCUGACUUCUGAAGAUCACCUCGAUGACACUUGGGGGGCUGUGUUUGGGUUUCCUCAAGCAUCUGCUUCCUAUAUAUUAUUACAAUUUGCACAAUAUGGGAAUAUCUUAAAACAUGUGAUGUCUGGGGCUGGAAAUUGGAUGCAUAUUCGUUAUCAGUCUAAACUGCAGGCCCGGAAAGCCUUAAGCAAAGAUGGGAGAAUUUUUGGUGAAUCCAUUAUGAUUGGUGUAAAACCAUGUAUUGAUAAAAGUGUUAUGGAAAACAGUGACAGAUGUGCUUUAUCAUCUCCAUCUCUAGCCUUUACACCACCGAUCAGAACCUUAGGUACACCAACACAACCUGGAAGUACUCCUAGGAUUUCUACCAUGAGACCUCUUGCUACAGCAUACAAAGCUUCUACUAGUGACUAUCAGGUUAUUUCUGACAGACAAACGCCAAAAAAAGAUGAAAGUCUUGUAUCUAAAGCAAUGGAGUACAUGUUCGGCUGGUAGUAUAAUAAGAGCUAAGAACUACCAAGGAGGAGGUUGCUACACUAAAAGAGUUAGCAGAGUACUGCCGGUUUCCUUUGGUUAGUUUUAUAACCACU